AUGUCAUCUCCUUCAAACGAAAAAGACUUAACGCCCUCAGACCCCCCUCCUCGAAACACGAAUUCGACGCAAUUCGACAACAUUAAAACAACGGAAGAACGUCCCAUAUUUUGGGAAACCGUAAUGGGGUCAGGCGAAACUCCAACCAUGUCAUACGAAAGUCGACCUCCCCUACCUCAAUUACUACCAUCGUUAGUACUAGCACCGCAACAGCCAUCGCAACCAGCCCCCCAGAUGCCGAACGCAGGAUCCUGCGUCCUACGACUAGAACAUGUGGAAGAAAAAAGUCCAGCAGCCAAAGGCGAGCUAGUGCACUCCAUUGCCGAAGACAUCUGCGCAACAUUUAUCUGCAUCGCACGGCACACCGAAGCGGGCACCCUGGAGAACGCGCAAACGCGGGUAAUCGACAACGUGAUCAAGACGAUCCGCGACACGGAUGUUGAGCGGCGGAUAUUCCUCGAGAGGAAGGUGCGGCGACUACGGAUGGAGAGACGUUUCUUGCGCAGGGAACAUGCUGCGACGGUUGGGCAGGCUGAUGCACUGGCGUGCGGAUACAGGAAUAAGGUGCAAGGGUUGACACAUUUGUUGCGGGAGGCGAGAGGGGAAGUUGUGCAGUUGCGCGGAGAGAGGGAUUUGUUGCGGGCUUGUGUGAAGAAGGGGGAGAUUAACGGUGGUAAUAAGGAUGGAAUUGAAAAUGGACAGGUUGGGGGCGUGGAAGGGGUUGGGGUGGAUAUGGGGGAUGAAGCUAUCAAAGAUCAUGGCGAAAUGGAAGGAGAUGGGUGCCAAGAGAGUUUGUUUGAAAAUCUUUGA